UCUUGUCCGUCGUUUGCAAUCGAGCGGGAGGGGAGCGUCUUGGUCUUCGCCGCCUUCUCCCAGGGCCUCGCCGCCGAGCUGGCCUGGGAGUCGUCCCCGCGGGGCUCGAGGCCGGCGCGGCCCCCGGCAUGGCCCUCAAGAUGGUCAAGGGCAGCAUCGACCGCAUGUUCGACAAGAACCUGCAGGAUCUGGUGCGCGGGAUCCGCAACCACAAGGAGGACGAGGCAAAAUACGUCUCGCAGUGCAUUGACGAAAUCCAGCAGGAACUGAAACAAGACAACAUCUCAGUCAAAGCCAACGCCAUCUGCAAGCUGACAUAUUUACAGAUGCUGGGAUAUGACAUCAGCUGGGCCGCCUUCAACAUCAUCGAAGUGAAGAGCACCUCAAAGUUCAUGUUCAAGGCCCCCCCAGCGGAUUGGGUACCUGGCCGCCUCUCAGUGCUUCCAUGAGGGCACGGACGUCAUCAUGCUGACCACCAACCAGAUCCACAAGGACCUGAGGACCCCCAGUCAGUACGACACUGGGGUUGUGCUGACUGAUCCGUCCUGUGCUACUCUGGCUGACUGUGUCCCAGUCCGGCCCCUGUGCCUGGUGCUGCCCUGGGAGCAGGUCUGCAAGCGGCCCUCAGUGUGCACCACAGGGUGCUGGGGCAUCAGCGCUCAACUUGGUCCUUGCUGGUGGCUUCCAGUGGGCUACUGAUCCCCCAUGUCUCAAUGUCCUCAUCUGAGGGGUCAUGGUGGGGCCGACGGUGCUGUGUGCACGAAGCUGCAAGACUGGCGGGGCCCGAGUGAGACUGGCCCCUGUCCUGCAGCCUGUACCUGGAUGCCUGGAUCAACAAGCCACCCUCUCACAGCGAGUCCGAGAAUGAGGUGCCCAAGGUGAUCUUCCAUGACGACGAGCAGAAACCCAUGUGGCAUUGCAAGUCGGAGGUGGAUGAGGAGGAGCUGGCCCAGCGCUGGGAAGCCUGGAAGCAGGAGCAGGCCAACAACCUGUUAUACAUCAAGAGCUGGCCAUCCCCGCAAAAGGUAAGGCGCCCAUACGCAGCUCUGGGACCCCCUCCCCACCGGCCCCCAGGAUGAGUGCCUGCUGCAGGGGCGUGACUGGACCAAGGGCUUGGGUGUGUAGCAGCUGGCUGCCCCAGCGGGUGCUUCCUAGUCCCGCAAUGGCCCUCCAAUAAUGCCCUGGACUUUGUCCCCCAGCGGUACCAGGACACACCUGGUACGGAGCACGUCCCUGUGAACCAGAUAGACUUCUUGGUUUCUGUACUGGUUUGAACUAUGUCCCCCAAAAGUACGUGUCCACUUGGUUAGGCCAAGUGUGGUCGUUCUCCAUUUUGUGAUUUUCCUAAGUGUUAUAAAUCAUAACCUCUGCCUGUGGUUAAAGAUUUGGGUGGGAUUGUAACACCCUUACCAAGGUCACACCUCUCAGCCAAUGUAAAGGGAAUUUCCCUAGGCUGUGGCCUGCACCACCUUUUAUCUUAUAAGAGAUGAAAGGGAAGCAAGCAGAGAGAGUUGGGACCUCAUACCACCAAGAAAGUGCAGAGCCUGUCCCUUGGACCUGAGGUUCCUGAGCUGACAUGCUCCCAGACCAAGGCAAGACUGAUGACAAGGACCUUCCUCCAGAGUCAACAGAAGGAAGCCUUCCCCUGGAGCUGACGCCCUGAAUUGGAACUUGUAGCGUACGGGAUUGUGAGAAUAAACUUGUUAAAGCCGUC